UUAAGACGGCAUUUCCGUUUAAGAAAGGACCUAAAAGGCAUUCGUCGCGUUUCUAAAUAUGCACAGCACAGUGAUACCCAUCCCGGAAUUAAAUCGGACGUUGCAAAGAUAAUGUGGAUGAUAUCUGGGUAAAGGAAUCGAAACCAAUAAAAAAGUGUCUGCUGCUGAUUUAUUCAGAAGUCAGCUCUGUAAAACACACCAGACUUGGGUUUGUCCUAAACAUGAAGAGGAAGACUAGACCCAUAAUGGGAAUUUUAUACAGCGUCACCUCGCCUUCGCCGAUACGGAGUUCUGGAGAACCUGUCUUUCCUCUUCCGUUGGACAUACUGGAGGAAAUCUUCCUAAAUCUGCCCCCUCACCACGUGGUGUGUGUGUGUCGAUUAGUGUGCCGCCAGUGGAAAGAUGUGGCCGACAGCGAGUCUUUCUGGAGAGAAAGAUGUAGGAGAGAGGGAUAUCGUCUCCGUGACUUUUCCAAAGUUCCCAGCGACUGGAGGCUGUUUUACUUCUUGUGCAAGAAGAGGAGAAAUCUCAUGAAGAAUCCAAGAGCAGAUGAUGAAUUUCAGGGUUGGAGAAUAUUGGAUAACGGUGGGGAUCAGUGGAAAGUAGAGGAACCUAUGGUGGAACAUUCAAAUCCAGCAGUAAAGAAAAACUAUGUGACCUCCUUUGGGUGGUGCAGAAAAGAGCAAAUGAUUGAUCUGAUGGAAGAAGGUUACAACCCAUUAUUUAUGGACGAGUUCCAGCCGCACAUCCGGAUAUCUGACUGGUACGCACCCCGCUGGGAUUGUGGAAGCAUCUAUGUGAUUUCUGUGCAGCUACUAGGUCACGAGCAAGACGUUCUCCAGGAAUUUAGUCCUGAGCCCCUUUCCUUUCCUCAGUGGAAUGACCAGCAGUGGCAUCAAAUGGUGCAUGUCUUCAAGGACUACGGACCAGGAGUGAGAUAUGUCCGUUUCACCCAUGGUGGCAAAGACACACAGUUCUGGGCAGGAUGGUAUGGCAUUCGUGUAACAGAAAGCUGUGUUGAAAUUUGUUCAGCAUUGGACAGCUAGCUUAUUUACGCAACUGUGUUAGGAAUACAGCUCUGAAUAUCUUUGAGUACUUGAGUUAGGAAAAAUAUUAACCUUGUGGCCUUCUAAGCAAUUUUCCCUCAUUCUACAAUGUAUUGACAAAAACGUGUAAGUCAUGAAGGUUUUUAUUCUUAUAUUAUUUCCAGAUGCCAAAUGUUUAAUUAUUCUGUUAAAUCUCCCCUACACACAUGCCUCAAAAUAUGUUUAAAUUUUACAAAGACGCUUUGUUAUUUGCAUAGUGAGUUAAUUUUUUAUCAUUUGGAUGUAAAAGCAGCCAAGGUUUGCUAUUACUUGUUUGUAGGUUACUCUAGAACUGGACACACUGAUGUACUGCUGAACUAUGUCAACUUACUUAAUCAAAAGUUCAUUAGUCAAUUAAACAGUCUUGCCUCACUUACUAAGACAAUCAAUUCAAUAUAAGUAGUUGGAAUUGCUUCAUGAUUGUUUAAAUGUAUGCAUCUUACCUGUUCUGGAGGACAACACCACUACCUUUAUUCCUCUUCUAAUUUGCACUUUUAUUUUUUAACCAACUGUUUUGUCUGAAAAGCUACCAUCUGCUGCUACUUACAUGUUAGCUGAAUGUGUAUUCAUGCUAAGAUGCCUCCUACGUAUGCGGUGUUAUGCAUUAAGAAUAACCUCAAAGUUUGCACUUUAUGUAAAUGCAUAUUCUUGGAUUGCAAAAAACAAAAAACAGCCUCAUUUUAUGUAGCCUAUCCCUUUAAAAAAUAAACAUUUUGCUGUAAUUUGAAAUGAUAUAUCUAUUGUUAACAUAUUCCGAUGUGAUGAAUAUUUUUACCACAGCCUUGUAAAAAAGUAGACCAGAGUAGGAUAAGAUGUCUACAAUGUUAAAAGUUAUUUUUAAUCCUAUCUGUGUGUAAAGUGUUCAUAAUUGCAUUUUUCGUGACAACACUGUAUGACAAAUAUGAGCAAGCAGAGUGUUGAUAAAAGCUUCCGAUUCAAUAAAUGUUUUUGGCACAUUGA